AUGGCAGGCCGCAUGGUCCGCCCGUCGGCAUCGCAGUACCUUCCCCUGCCCUCCGACGACGUCGCUGAUGACGACUCCGCGUCGCCGCUCGACACGUUCUCCGCCUCCUCGUCUGCGUCUGCCUCGCUGCGUCGAAUCACCAGCGACAACGACGACGACGACGACGGCAUCUCCGACCACGACCUCCGCACGCUCCGCCGCGUAUCCGACCGUCUCCCCGCGGCAGCCUGGCUCGUGGCCGUCGUCGAGCUCUGCGAACGGUUCACGUACUACGGUCUCACCGGCCCGUUCAUGAACUACAUGCAGAACCCCGCGCACGACUCCCUCCGGCCUGGCGCGAUCGGACUCGGCCAGAGCCGCGCGUCCGCGCUGAACUACUUCUUCCAGUUCUGGUGCUAUGUCACGCCAAUCGUCGGCGCUGUCGUCGCGGACCAGUAUCUCGGCAAGUUCAAGACGAUCUCGAUCUUUGCCGGAAUCUACGCGGUCGGACUGGCAAUCAUCUUUGGCACUUCUUUCCCGGCCGCGAUUGACGCAGGCGCGUCGCUGGGCGGCCUUGUGACGGCGAUGAUUGUCAUCGGACUCGGCACGGGAGGCAUCAAGUCGAACGUGUCGCCGCUGAUUGCAGAGCAAUACACAAACACAAAGAAGUACAUCAAAGAGCUCAAGUCCGGCGAGCGCGUGAUUGUCGACCCCGCGGUGACGAUCCAGUCGUUGUUUAUGAUCUUUUACCUCUGCAUCAACGUCGGCUCGUUGUCCGCCAUCGCCACCACCGAGCUCGAGCUCAACGUCGGAUUCUGGGCGGCUUAUCUCCUGCCGUUCCUGUUCUUCUUUGUCGGCAUCUUCUGCCUUAUCGCCGGACACAAGGUCUACGUCAAGAAGCCACCCACGGGCUCUGUCAUCCCGCACGCGUUCAGACUCGUCGUCAUCGGCGCCGUCAACCGGAACCUCAACUACGCGCGCCCAUCAGUCAGAGCCGAGCUCGGACUCUCGGCCGUUCCCUGGACGAACCACUUCGUGGACGAAGUAUCCCGCGCGCUGGUCGCCUGCCGCGUCUUUGUCUUCUACCCGAUCUACUGGCUCGUGUACGGGCAGAUGCUCAACAACUUCAUCAGCCAAGCCGGCUCGAUGAACACGCACGGCAUCCCGAACGACAUCAUGCAAAACAUCGACCCGAUCGCAAUCAUCAUCUUCAUCCCGAUCUGCGACAGCUUCCUGUACCCGUACCUCCGCAAGGUCGGCAUCCCGUUCAAGCCCAUCACGCGCAUCUUCUUCGGCUUCGUCUUCGCCGCCCUCGCAAUGGCUUACGCCGCCAUCGUCCAGCACAUGAUCUACACCUCCGGCCCGUGCUACGAAUACCCGCUCGCCUGCCCCGCGUCCGAGAACGGCCAGAUCCCGAACGACAUCCACGUCGCGGUGCAAACCCCCGCAUACUUCUUCAUCGCGCUCUCCGAGAUCUUCGCCUCCGUCACCGGCCUCGAGUACGCAUACACCAAGGCCCCCGCGUCGAUGAAGUCUUUUGUAAUGUCCCUCUUCCUCCUGACCAACGCCUUUGGCGCCGCCAUCGGCAUCGCCAUCUCGCCGACCGCAAAGGACCCGGAUAUGGUCUGGACAUACACCUCGCUCGCAAUUAUCACGCUCUUCUUUGGCGGGUUGUUCUGGAUCAUCUUUAGUAAGUAUAAUAAGGAUGAGGAUGGGCUCAAUGAGCUUGACGCGGCGGAGUCGGAUGAUUUUACGGAGAGGUUGCAGGCUGAUGCGAGGGGGACUGAGAAUAUCGCAUAG